GUUGAUUGGGGCAGGCAAAUCAAAGUGGGGGGAAGUAAGAAAUGGGAAGCGAACUAACAAGACAAGGAUGAGGAUCUCAUCUGAUCUAGUCGUAGAUGAAUGACUAAUCAAAAUUUGUAAUAAUAAUUAAUAAUGAAGUGAAGAAGUUUCAAUCAUUCAAUUCAACUCCAACUCCAACUCACUCCCAUGGAGACUUACCCACUACUGCUUACGUUCUUCUUCUUAUUCUUUUCGAUUCUGUUUUAUACGAAUCAUGUAGAUUCCUCAACCAUAGGAUCGCGUUUCCUCUAUGACUGUGAUCAAUGUCAUCGCACCAAGGAACGAGAUAUUACUAAUACUAGAGUCCGCAAUUAUCCUGAUGAAAAGGACAUUGAUAUAAUUGCAUCAUAUAGCGAUGCGUCUGGUCAUCUUCGGCUAGCUAGGUUGAAAAUGAGUAGCUUAUCUGAUUCAUGGGUUUGGGAAAAUCCUAACACUGAACGUCAAAAUAACUCUCAGGGAGGAUUGGUUUCAUUGCAAUCUGAUUCAAGAUUUGAAGACAAUCUCAAGCACUCCACUGAUGAGCAAGAAAACGUUAAAUUUCCCCAUUACCCGUCAAUGAUAAUGACUCCAGUGAAGAUGAAGCGUCGGAUAAUGCGGCUAGAAAGAAGAAAAGCUCGUGCUGCUGAACUUAUUCAGAAAGACAAAGAAACUGACAAUCACAUUGUAUCAGCAGCAAUUGAAAGCUCCGAAGGAUUGGAUACCACUAUCAAGGGAAAGUAUAGUAUAUGGAGGAGAGAAUACGAAAACCCAAAUUCUGAUUCAACGCUGAAACUCAUGCGAGAUCAAAUAAUAAUGGCCAAAGCUUAUACAAAUAUUGCAAAGUCUAAGAACAAAACUGUUCUUUACAAAGCUCUCGUCCAACACUCCAGAGAUAGUCAACUAGCGAUAGGAGAUGCAAAUUCUGAUGCCGAGCUUCAAAUUGGAGCACUUGAUCGGGCAAAAGCUAUGGGUCACAUUCUUUCUAUAGCAAAGGACCGACUUUAUGACUGCAAUUUGGUGUCUAGGAAGUUAAGGGCGACGCUUCAGUCAACCGAAAAUAGAGUGAAUAUGCAAAAGAAAAGAAGUGCAUUCUUGAUUCAGCUAGCUGCAAAAACAGUGCCUAGACCAUUGCAUUGCCUUCCCCUGCAACUAGCCGCGGAUUAUUACCUACAGGGAUAUCAUAAGAAAGGAAAUGUUGACUUAGAAAAGACUGAAGAUCCAUCUCUUUUCCACUAUGCUAUCUUUUCUGAUAAUGUACUGGCUGCAUCUGUGGUUGUUAAUUCUACUGUGCAGAAUGCAAAGGAGCCUGAGAAGCAUGUAUUUCAUAUUGUGACGGACAAAUUAAAUUUUGCAGCGAUGAAAAUGUGGUUUCUCAUCAACCCUCCUUCUAAAGCAACCAUUGAAGUUCAGAAUGUUGAUGAUUUCAAGUGGCUGAAUUCCUCUUAUUGUUCUGUUCUACGUCAACUUGAAUCAGCAAGAAUCAAGGAAUAUUACUUUAAAGCCAAUCAUCCUUCCUCCCUAUCUGCUGGUUCUGACAACCUAAAAUAUAGAAAUCCCAAAUAUUUGUCGAUGCUGAAUCACUUAAGAUUCUACCUUCCUGAAGUUUAUCCAAAAUUGGACAGAAUUCUAUUCUUGGAUGAUGACAUUGUCGUGCAGAAAGAUUUAUCACCUCUUUGGUCAAUUGAUUUGAAAGGUAUGGUGAAUGGUGCAGUGGAGACGUGCAAGGAGAGCUUCCAUAGGUUUGACAAAUACCUAAAUUUUAGUAAUCCACUGAUCUCCAACAAUUUCAGUCCCGAUGCAUGUGGUUGGGCAUUUGGCAUGAAUGUCUUUGACUUGAAGGAGUGGAAGAAACGAAACAUCACCGGAAUAUAUCAUCGGUGGCAAGAUAUGAAUGAGGAUAGAACCCUCUGGAAGCUUGGAACCUUACCCCCAGGAUUAAUCACCUUUUAUAAUCUGACAUAUCCACUUGAUCGAGGUUGGCAUGUUUUGGGACUUGGCUAUGACCCGGCUCUGAACCUAACAGAGAUAGAGAACGCCGCUGUUGUUCACUACAAUGGAAACUACAAGCCAUGGUUAAAUCUUGCUGUUUCCAAGUAUAGAUCAUACUGGUCCAGAUAUGUUAUGUUUGAUAAUCCAUAUCUUAGAGUUUGCAACCUGAGUGAAUAGUCAAUUUUUGUGUCUAUAUAUUUCCUCCAUUAGCAUAUUGUAGCUUUUGAGGAUAUGGCACAUGUAGUAUAGCGUAGACAAUUACAUCAUAUGGUCCACUAUGGAUAAACCCAUUUAAGAAAAUAUUUUUUUAGUCUUUUAUUCUUUUGAAAUUAAAAAGUUAGCCUGUUAUACUCUCAUAAUUAUCUAUAUUAAACCUGAACACACACACAAACGCAAUAGUUCAAUGUUUCCAGACCGGUUUUCAAACUGUGAUCCAAGCACCACCACAGGUUUGUAGCAAUUCAGUUUUGAUCUGUCUCGCUGCUUUUUUAUUUUAUUUGAUUGGUUUGUGUAUCUUUUGACAUAACUAUGUAUCAAUUUUGAAGAAUUAAAUAAAUUGCCAUUCAUUCUAUGA